ACGAGACAGUGCCAAGGAUAAAGUCGUACCCAGUCUCCAACACGUUGAAGUAUGCGGAGGAAUGGAAGCGUCGAGGCGCCUCAGUACUAUGCAGUGGUUGUAGGCAAAUGGUCUGGGGGCUGGGCGACGGGUGAGGGGGGUCGAGGCGACCCGGUCAAGGAGGAGGAGGAGAAGGAGAAGGAGGAGAAGGCGGAGGAGGAGGAGGAGGAGGAGGAGAAGGAGGAGGAAGAUGAGGAAGACGAGGAGGAAGAAGACGAGGAGGAAGAAGACGAGGAGGAAAAAGACGAGGAGGAAGAAGACGACAAGAAAGAAGAGGACGAGGAAAAAGAGGACGAGGAGGAGGGAGGAGAGCACGACGACGAUGAAGAGGGGGUGGGCAAGGAGGAGGAGGAAGAGAAGCAAGACGAGGAGUAAAGGACCGGCGCCGACGAGAAUAGAGGAGAGCAUAACCACGAUGAAGAAGAGGAGGAAGAGGAAAAAUAAAAAGUAGAAGACGAG